GCCUGGGGCGCGCGGAGCGAAGGGCGGCGGCGGCGGCGACGACGGCGACGGCGGCGGCGGCGGCGGCGGCGGCUCGUGCUCGGCCCGGGCUCCGCUUCACGCUCUCGACCCCGCCGCGGCGGCGCCCACCCGGCCCGCAGCCGCGCACGGCCCCGCGCAGGAGCGGCCAUGCCGCCGCGGCGCAGCAUCGUGGAGGUGAAGGUGCUGGACGUGCAGAAGCGGCGGGUGCCCAACAAGCAUUAUGUCUACAUCAUCCGCGUCACGUGGUCCAGUGGCUCCACCGAGGCCAUCUACCGGCGCUACAGCAAGUUCUUCGACCUCCAGAUGCAGAUGUUGGACAAAUUCCCCAUGGAAGGAGGACAGAAGGACCCAAAGCAGCGGAUUAUCCCCUUCCUGCCAGGCAAAAUCCUUUUCCGCCGCAGCCACAUCCGGGACGUGGCCGUCAAGCGCCUGAUCCCCAUCGACGAGUACUGCAAGGCCCUGAUCCAGCUGCCCCCCUACAUCUCCCAGUGUGACGAGGUGCUCCAGUUCUUUGAGACCAGACCCGAGGACCUGAACCCUCCCAAAGAGGAGCAUGUCGGGAAGAAGAAAGCCGGGGGCGACUUGGCCUCGGUGGACCCGCUGGUGCUGGAGCAGUACGUGGUGGUGGCCGACUACCAGAAGCAGGAGAGCUCAGAGAUCAGCCUCAGCGUGGGGCAGACGGUGGACAUCAUCGAGAAGAACGAGUCAGGUUGGUGGUUCGUCAGCACGGCCGAGGAGCAGGGCUGGGUGCCCGCCACCUGUCUGGAGGGGCAGGACGGGGUACAGGAUGAGUUUUCCCUACAGCCGGAAGAAGUGUCCUGGAGGUACUGGUCUCUGCCCCAGCCCGUGAGCCGCCGCCGGACGCUGGGGGACUUGUACGCCGUCAGCUGGCGUCCAGAAGAGAAGUACACCGUCAUCUACCCGUACGCGGCACGUGACCAGGACGAGAUGAACCUGGAGAGGGGGGCUGUGGUGGAGGUCAUCCAGAAAAACCUGGAAGGCUGGUGGAAAAUCAGGCACCAGGGCAAAGAGGGCUGGGCCCCGGCCUCCUACCUGAAGAAGAGCAGCGGGGAGCCCCUGGCGCCCAAGCCCGGCCCCUCCUCACCCGCCCCCCCGGGCGUCCUCGAGCCGGACGGGCUCUUCCGGCUGCAGAACUCAGUGGGCCGGGACAAGGAGCCCCUGAGCCACCAGAGGGACGGCUGCCUGGACGGGCGCCUGGGGCCGGACAGCGACAGCAAGCAGCGAUCGCCCAGGAUGAGGCAGAGACCCCCUCCCCGGCGGGACAUGACCAUCCCCCGAGGCCUGAACCUGCCCCGGCCGCCCGUGCCGCCGCAGGUGGAGGAGGAGUACUACACCAUCGCCGAGUUCCAGACCACCAUCCCCGACGGCAUCAGCUUCCAGGCCGGCCUGAAGGUGGAGGUGAUCGAGAAGAACUUGAGUGGCUGGUGGUACAUUCAGAUCGAGGACAAGGAGGGCUGGGCCCCUGCCACCUUCAUCGACAAGUACAAGAAGACCAGCAGUGCCUCCAGGCCCAACUUCCUGGCCCCCCUGCCCCACGAGGUCACCCAGCUCCGUCUGGGGGAUGCGGCCGCGGCGGACUUCAUGGGCAGCGAAGCCACGGGCCCCUCCCGGCCCCUGCCCGAUGCCCCCCAUGGUGCUGCGGACCCCGGGCUGCCGUGGGCCAGAGACUGGAAGGGCGGGAAGGAGGGUCCGCGGAAGGUGUCUGUGGACAUGACCUCGUGCACCGGCUACGAGGAGAUCUCGGACCCCGACCUGGAGGAGAAGCCCAGCCUCCCGCCCCGGAAGGAGUCCAUCAUCAAGUCAGAAGGGGGACAGCUCAGGGCCGCCUCACCCAAGCCCGGCGUGACCCUGCCGCUGCUUCCCGCCAAGCUCCCGAGCCCGGCCCGGGACAGCCGGCGGCCUGAGCCCAAAGUGGACAGAGGCAAGAUGCUGCAGCUGCGGAAUGAGAGGGGGCUGGAGUGUGGCCACAAGGUGCUGGCCAAGGAAGUGAGGAAGCCCCACCUCCGGCCCGUGGCCAAGUGCAGAGCCGACCCCCCCGAGGAGAAGCCGGAGGCCAUCCCCCAGAACCCCUUCUUAAAGUCCAAACCUCAGGUAAGGCCCAAGCCUGCCCCGAGCCCCAGAGCCGAGCCCCUUCCGGGCGAAGACCCGGUGGACAUCUGCAGCCUCAGGAGCAAGCUCCGGCCCGCCAAGGCCCCGGAGAGACCCCCGCUGGACGGGGACAGCGGCCCCCAGGCUCCCGGGGGCCAGGAUGGAGCCCCCAGCCGCAGCCUCACCCCUACGGAGGGGCCUGGUCGCCCGCAGGACAGGACGGCCAAACCGGACGGGCUUGGGCCCAGGGAGGGGCCCUGCCGCGUCCCCCCGAGGCCAGCCAAGAUCGCAGACCCGCUGCCCAAGAAUGUGCCUGUCCCUCUCCAGGAGGCCCAGCAGCGGCCUGUGGUCCUGCCCCGGCGGCCGCCACCCCCCAAGAAAACCUCGUCGUCGUCGUCGCCCAGGCCCCUGGCGGAGGUGAGGGGCCCACCGCAUGAAGCCAGCGAGGGCAGGCCCCCUGCCGCCCUGGGCCCGGGCCGGGCCCUGCUCGUCCCUCCCAAAGCCAAACCCUUCCUCUCUGGUGCGUUGGGGGCCCCCGAGGACCCUCGGGGCAGAAGUGGGCCGGCGGUCAGCAGGGAGAGGCUGCCCGCAGGCCCUGCCCCCGGCCUCGACAGCCCGAAGGACUCCGUGUACGUGGCCGUGGCCGACUUUGACGGCGACGAGGAUGCCAGCAGCUUCCAGGAGGGCACCGUGUUCCAGGUUCGGGAAAAGAGCGGCAGCGGCUGGUGGUUCUGCCAGGUCCUGAGCGGGGCGCCCUCCUGGGAGGGGUGGGUCCCCUCCAACUAUCUCAGGAAGAAACCCUAGCCCCCGGCCGCGCCCGGCUCGCCCCUGCUGGCCGACCCCCAUAUUUAACGCGCCUCUAACUUACCGACCUCCAAAGCGGCUGCGCAGGAAGGAAGAUGUUUUUUGGGGGGGCCAAGUCCUGUGGCUUCUUCCCUCUAGGGCGGAGGGUGACACCCGCCUCCCCCCACCCUGGGCAUCCCCUGGAGGCUCAGGGGCCACGGCGUCCCCACGCUUUCCCUUCCCCUUCGCGCCCAGCCCUGCCCGCCCGGUCGCCUGGACUCUGCAGGGCCGCAGGGCACCGUGCAACACCCCCAGAGAACCUGCUCGAACCGGCGGACCAAGUCCAGCCCCGUGCCCGAUGCCCGGCCGGGCUGCCCAGAGGCCUCCGGGCCCCGUGACUGCACGGUUUCCCCAACGCCCGGCACGGCAGACGCGGCCCUUCCCGGAGUGUCUGGGGUCAGCCCUAGGAAGGACCUCUCAGUUGCUGCUGGGUACAGCCCCCCUGGGGGUGGACGUGGAGGCCCCCCUUCCCCCUCCGGUCGGGAGACCCUACGGGCCGGCAGCCUACACUGGCGGCACUUUCCCGGGACUCGGAGACAGACGCCUCGUCUGCACGGCCCUCUGGCCAGUGGGGACCGGAGUCCACUCACUGGCGCGGUAAUUGGAGCGUGGCCUUGGGCCCCUGCUGUGCAGCGGUCCUGACUUGACCCCCUUCUCAGGGCUGCGGAACCAAGCCCUGGAAUCCAUUGGCUGGUAUACCACAAGGCUGCCCUGAGCCCCCCUGCCACCUGGAGAGCAGGGGGUGGCCCGGGCCCCCCCUUUGGUGCUGGUGCUCCCUGUGGCAGGGAGUGUUGGGGGGUGUUUCUGGAGCGAAGGGCACAGUGGCAUGGCUCCCCGCGGCUGGCCGCUGCCCCUCCCCCUCCCCGCAGAGGGGGUACCCCGGAGCCCAGAGAGACACUCCUGGCAGGACUUGUGUCAGGAGCCAGGGGUGCAAGGGCUGAGCCCCCCUGCUCCCUUCUGCAGGAUGCAGGCAGACGCCUGCCCGGCCUCAGAGUCCCGGUGUCCCUGAGUGUCCGCCUCCAUCCGGGGGUCCCCCUCUGCCCUUCUGCAGUGCCAAAGACUGGUGUGGCAUCCUUCCCUCGGAGUCCCAGUCGCCUGUUCCUUAUUCCUUCCUCCGCCUGGAAGUCCUGCAUCCCCCUGCUGGGGCCACGCCCCGAGGUGCCGGGACUGCUCAGAACCUGGGGGGGAGGGGGCUGCCGUGACGGAGGCUUGGGGUGGGGGCUGGGAGGAUCCCACCCCUCCCACAUCAUAUGUUCGGUUGGUUUGGGGUCAGACCCAGUGGUGCUGGGUUGGGGGUGUCACUCCUGGCUCAGUACUAGGGGGCCUCCUGCUGCCAAGGAUCGAGCCUGGGGCCCCCCGUGCAGGCUCCAGCCUCUUGGGCAGCUCGGUGGAGUCCUCAGACUUCAUGUGUAUUUUUGCUGUUGUUUUGCUGGUUUGGGUUUGGGGACACACCCGGCAGUGCUCAGGGGCCACUCCUGACUCGGUGCGGGGACGGAGCCUGGGCACCCUGCUCACACAGACCCCUCCUGAGGUCUCACCCACGGGCUCGGGUGGGGGCUGGGGACACGUAACCCUCAUUAGAACACAAACCCAUUUCCUUUCCUAGCCCUUUUUUAAUAAUUUCUUUUGGGUUUUAUUUGGGGCCACACCGGGCGGUGCUCAGGGCUUAUUCCUGGCCCUGUGCUCAGGGAUCAACUCCCGGUGGGCUCGGGAAACCCUGGUUGACUGUGGGCAGGGCAGGUGCCCUUCCCGCUGCCCUGUCACCCCAGCCCCUGGCUGGCCCUUUCAGGCCUCGUGCCGCGCUGGGGCACGUGGGAGGGUGCCCGGCCCUGGCCCGGCUGCCGAGGCUCGGGGGUGUUGGUUGUGGGCCCUGCGGCUCUCGGAGUCUGGGCCGUCUGUCCCCGUGAGGGUGGGCCCGCCCUCCGGACCCAGCCCGGCUCCUCUGCGGGAACGUUCCGGGCAGCCGCCCGCCCUGGUGGUCUGGGCGGCCCAGUGGGCUCUUCACUGGCUUCACAUGUGGGGGAGGCCCCAGUUCGGUCCCCGGCCCUGCAGGGUGCUCCCCCCUCCAGCACUGCCAGGCGUGGCCCCCAGAUGCCCACAGAUCGAUAGGACGCCCCUGGCUGGCGGGGACAGACACCCGUCCAGACCGGGCUGGCCUGUCCUCUGUCCCCUCCGUCCCCCUUAAGACUCCGCUGAUGGUGCUGGAGCCAGAGUCCAGCGGGGAAGGCGCCGGCCGUGCGUGCUGCCGACCCGGGUUCCGUCCGAAGCCUGUCGGAGUGAUUCCCCGGCACCACAGGGGGGGCCUCGACACCAAAGCCAAAUGGGAAGCUCUAGUGUGGCCCGAGGCGGCUCGAGUGCUGGGGCUCCCCUGGCCCUUACUACCCCCCAGCUCCAUCCCUGGUACCGCCAGGCACUGCACUCUGGCGCCUGUUUAAGAACAAGCGGAACAAGAACAGGGUCCCGCAGAUGCCAGGCUGCCGGGUUCGGAAGGACAGUCGGGCAGUCUGGUAGGUCGUGCUGGGCCGGGCCCCGGGUGCAGGGCGGCGGCGGGAGACAGGUUGUUCCCCCCACACACAUGGAGGCCACGUUGACACCCGGAAGCAGGAGGGUGGCUGCGCGGUGCUGGCCUUGCAGAGUGCCUGGCUGCGGGUUGGGGUUGGCCGCUGCCCCCCCCCCAGGUCGUGUCCCCCCCCCCCCUCGGGGUUGCCGAGGGGGCGUCGCCCAGGGCUUUGCUGCCAGCAGCCAUCUGUGACCAGAGACCAAAGAUUUCCUCGAGUCAGCCCGUGUGGCCUGAAGGAGGAGUCGUUGGGGGGGGGAGUAGGGGGCGUGGGGGCUCCUUGUGCGGCCAGGAGGACCCGGAGCCGUGGUGAGAAGCCUUUGGCUCAGGGGAGGCCUGAUUUCUGGGCUACCCUGUCCUCUGCCGGAAGGAGGCCAGACCCGGGGUUCAGCCUCUGUUCCGGAAGGGUCUCAGCUCGGCGAUAGCCCCCUCCCCCGCUGUUCACAUGGUUCCCGGAAUAAGCAGUCUCGCCCCGCAGCCCCCUCCCCCAUGCCUGUCGGACCUCGUCCUUGUGGACCGCGCCCUCCCGCUGACGGGACAAGACAGUGGGCACCUUCGCGCUGACCCCCCCUGUUCCAGGCAUGCCCCUGGGCCGCUUCCGGGCCGGGGUGCGUGGGCGGGACCAGUAGGUGUAGCAUGUGUAGGACUAUGUACUUGCCCCUGAGACAUUUUCUUUCUUUCUUUCUUUCUUUCUU